GAUGUCGGGGAAGUAGUGGCUUGGUGUCCUUAGCGAAACGCGAGGGCGGGGCGCCGGUCUCUUCCCUGUUUCCUUCCCCGGCUUCUGGCCACCGUGAAGGGGUAACGAGCUUUCUGUCCCCUGCAGCCUAAUCAGCCGCUCUGCUCCAAAGUGAGAUAGUCUGGUUUGCUGCCGCUGCCACCCCCAGUGUUCGAUUGAUUGUGGUACGGUCCUCUGUGCCUGACUCCGCCUCCUGAUUCCCCUUCGUUCGGUGGUGAGUGGAAGGGGUUUUGCAACAGUUUGGGGCUGCUCGCGCCGACUCGGCCGUGGGAUCGGGUGCACUGAGUACGGGGCCCAAACGGCCACUCAACACAUCAGUCUUUCCUUUUUUGUCCAGUUUGUAUAAUAUUGGAAUGGAAGAAAGUUCUGUAGCACCAGAGAUCCUCCAGUUUUCCGCUUAUAUGAAUGAUCACGCUGGCUUCUGCGGCAGUAUAAAAGCAUUUCCAAGUGACUUUGUAGUGACAGAAAUUAAUAUACUUGGACAAUUAGUUAAUGAGAUUGUGGUAGACUCUUUUCAAGAAUCUAGUGGAAUCUUAGCAGAACAAAGAACCAGUGGACAUCAGGAUUCCAAAAAGUUACGGAUAGAUAAGGAAUACCCACAUAAGGAAUGCUGUGGAAUUCAAGUUGAUAAUGUUCACUGUACUACUGAUUGGCUUUCACCUUGUAUUCAAGAAAGUGAAGACUAUAGAGAUGAUCAUGUAUCUGAAUGCCACCUUGACAAAGCUGUUAUACUGGCCUCCUUACUAGAUGAGCCUGUAAGGGAACAACUACAUCAAUUUGCUUGUCAUGUCGAACACACAUGGAACUCUACAUCUGAGUCAGGAGCUGUUCUUCCUGAAUUCACCCUUGGUUCAAUUUCUGACAAGAAGGUCCGAGCCAGCUUGCAUGGGGCCAUCCGGCAAGAAUACCCUUUCUUAAUCACAGUUACAAAAUGUGGUGAGAUUAUUGUCAAAGCAAACCAGGACUACCAAGAACUUUGCCAGUUGGUAUCUGAAGAAGAAGCGUCUGGAUUUCUAAAAUUUUUGGAUGCCAAAUUAAAAAAUUCCAAGUUUUCUUUCAGACCUGAUGGGAAUAAAGAGAAUCGUAAGCUGGUUCACCAUUUUCUGAAUAAAAAAUUUGGGAAGCUCAUAGAAACCAAAUCAUUCCCAGACUCUCAACAAAAGCUUGUAAUCACGGUAAGGUUUCGUGAGAAAAGUGGAUUCCGGAAAAGGGCUAAUUCUGACACUGGAGAGAAACACAACAUUUAUACAGCUUUUACUCUCAGGAAAGAGAACCUGGAAACCCUUGAAGCAAUUAAUUAUUUGUCUGCGAAGCUUGGUGUACUUCCUUCAGACUUCAGUUAUACUGGCAUUAAAGACAAAAGAGCAAUUACUUAUCAAGCUAUGGUUGUGAAGAAAGUAACCCCUCAAAGAUUAAAAGAACUUGGAAAUGCAGUUGAAAAAAAAGGACUUAGUGUGUCUCAUAUAUACUCUGUGAGCCAGCCACUUAGACUUGGUCAGCUGCAAGGAAAUCAGUUUAACAUAAUUGUGAGAGAUUUAAAACUCCAUAAUAAUGAAUCUACUUCAAGGCUAAAGGAGCAAAUUUGUGAGGCAAUUGAGAAUGUCAAGAAAAAUGGGUUUAUAAAUUACUAUGGAUCUCAGCGGUUUGGACAAGGGCAGAAUAUUCAGACAGAUCAGAUUGGCUUGGCUUUGCUGAAUGAACAAAUGGUCAAAGCUGUGAAACUGUUUUUCACACCAGAAGAUUCAGAUGAUCCUGUUAAUAAGGCAAAGAAAUACUUUCUUCAGACUGAGGAUGCAAAAGCUACUCUUGCAAUGCUGCCUGACUUUAAAGUAAGAGAGAAGAUGUUAUUGCGUGCCUUGAACCGAUAUGGUUUAAAUCCUGAUGGGUGUAUGCGAGGAUGGCUCAGCAUUCCUCACGCAAUGCGUAUUUUCUAUAUCCACGCAUAUUGCAGUAAAGUUUGGAACGAAGCCGCAUCCUACCGGGUUAAGAUCUAUGGUACAAGAGUUGUGACUGGUGAUCUGAUUUUUUCAGGAAAAACUACAGAAAACUGCUCACUGAAUGACAAGGUCCAUGUGGUAACAACUUCAGAAGAAACAGACAAUAAGUAUACAAUAAACCAAGUUAUUCUCCCAAUGGUUGGUUAUGGUAUCCAAUAUCCCGCUAAUGAAGUUGGGAAGUGGUAUCACAAAAGGCUUGCUGAUGAUGGGCUUCAGAUGUGCCAGUUCAGACUUCCUGCAUUACAGCUGAAUGUGCCUGGCUGCUACAGACACCUUCUAAAAUAUCCUCAUGAUCUAUCAUACCGGUUCAUAGAUAGUACUGAAAAAGAAAUGGGAAUGGAAGGUGGCCCUCUAUCGGAUUCAAAACCGUCUCUUUCGGUAUCAUUUCGUCUUGAUCCUUCAUGUUAUGCAACUGCUUGUUUGGGGGAAAUCAUGAAAUGCAAGCUUUAAAAGAUUUCAUUUUAAGGAACAUGGUUGACUUGUUCAAAUUGGCACAGACUGUGGAAAAAUCAGUAGUGCUACAAGGAAUGCUUUGGGGUAUUUAAUUAUUAUAACACAUAAUAAUUUGUUAUAAUAUAAGGUUCUCCUGCCUUCUACUAUAUAUUUAUUUUAUUUGAGUUGAUGGCACCCAGCUCUUCUAACACUUCUGUUAAAUCCUAAGGAAGUCAUUAUGAGGCAGUUUCUCUUAAAGCUCUCUUUAGAUCUGCAAGUAUGGACAGCAAGCGUGGCUGCACAACAAUAGAAUCAUGGAAGUAUGCUAAAAAUACACCCCAAAAUUGGAAGCACCCUGAGAAUGAGAGAGAGAAACAGAAGGCUGUCAUUGCAGAAGAAAGAAAACAACUUUGGGAAAAUUGGAAGACAAAUUUCAGCAUAGUAUUAAUUCCCCAUGUGAAUCUACAAGUUCUACAGCACAAUACACUCAGAAAUUACCAAAGAUGGCAUUGAUGAUUAAGAGCUUAAUAAAAAAAGCAAAAGAGCUUGAUUCUAUAGAAUUCCUUGGAGGAUUCCAAGCAAACAUUUUAUUAAUGAGCUCUAGGACAAAUGAAUCCAGUGAUUUUCAACCCAGCCUAUAAUUGCCAAGUUGUCCUAUGUAAAUUGUAAACAGUAAUAUAAUAAAGGGAAAAUGCAACUAGCUUUCUGUGUGGUUGGAGUCAAAAUAGUUCUAGCACAAUGGAAUCAUUACGUACAAUUUUAUUUCAUAGCAAUCCUUAACUCAAAGUAUUCUAUCUUAGUAACAAUGAAAACUAUUGCAUUUUUGCAUAUGGAUUCAUAGCUAUAAAAUUAAUGCUAGAAACUUCAGCCACUUGCCUUGCAGAUAUUGAGAUGAACAGUGAAAAAAUAUUUUGGUUUUGAAAGACCUUUUAUGUGGGGGAUGAGGACGGCCUAUAUGAGUACUAGAAUCUUCAGAAUUAUCUUAAAAGGCACAAUAGUUAAGUGUAUUCAUGUUAAAAGCACAAAGCACAGUUAAAGAAUUGUAAGGCUUCCUGUUAAUGCUAGUCAUUUGUAUUUGAGGAAUGUAUGCAAUUGGUUGAAGAGGGCUUUGAUUUUUUUUUUGCCAAUCAGGCUUUUAAGUAGUGGAUAAAAUGAUUAGAAAAAAUGUACUAGUUGCACAGAUUAUAUUUUCUCUGCAGAUGGCACCAUGACUUUGUAAAAACUAUGUAAGAAAGCAAAAUGUGUAGAAUGUCUUAUGUGCAUUGAAUGCUAUUUUACUCUACACUCUUUUCCUAAAUAGAUAAUUCUUUUUCUAUGGGAUAUAGUCUCUGAUUCAAUUUUUAACUGUUAUAAAAGUGCUUGGGAACUACAAUUGAGUUUUCACAGACUUUCUCAUUAGCUACCUGUUUAAUAGGAAUUACAGUAUUUUUUGUAAGUUUCUGAAUUAGAGAUGCUUGAAUAUUCUCUUUCUAUUUUGAAUUAUCUUUAUCCCUGUGGGUGCAGAGACUGGUACUGUCUCAUUAAUUCCUGAUUAAAAUUAUUA